AUGCUGCGGGCGAGCUCGGAGCGGCCGGCGGCCGCGGCGGGUCUGCUGUGGGUGCCCGGGAUGAGCGCGUGGCCCACGAUGGACGCGGGGUUGUCGGCGAGGGCGCAGGAGAUCGCGCGGCGGCGGGAGGAGAUGCUGGGGAUGCUGCACGACCUCCCCGGGUCCGAGUACGAGCUCUCGCUCACCGACCUCGUCGAGAAGGCCGGGGGCGGGGCCGACGGCGACGGCGGGGAAGCCGAAGCUGCGACCGCGGCGCCCGCGCCCACGGCGAAGACAGAAGGGAAGGACCCGGGCGCCGCGCGGUCGGCGUCCGGCGGGCAGCAGCAGGCGCCGCCGGUAGCGGGGAAGCCCGAGCGGAGGGCGUCGGCACGGCAGCGGGACAGCGGGAGCGUCGGCGGGGGCAGCUUCCGCAGCAGCAGCGACGGCGUCCUGCUCAACUUCUACAUGCCGCGGUCGCUCACCCGGAGCUUCACCGCGCCGCGCCACACCCGGACGCCGUCCGCCUCCGGCUGCCGGAGCCCCAGCGUCGCAUCCGACUGCAACAAGAGGGAGAGGGACCCGGACGCCGAGACCGUCAAGUGCUGGUCGUUGCUGUGGGAUCGACGGUGGCGCAAGUCCAGCCGGCGGGACCCGGGCGCGCCGCCCAGCGAGAGCGAGUCCGCCAUCCGCGCCGCGUCGGCCGCCAUCCUCAAAGCGGCCAAGCACUCCGGUCCGCCGUCCAAUAUCUGA